AUCAUAUCAUGAUGUCGCGAGUGUUGUCCGCCAACAUAGGAUGCACUUGCAUGCUCGGUAGAUCCUCGGCCCUCAUGACUGUGACCUAAAGCUCUUCUAUCCAACCGACGCGACAUUCAUACAUCAACGCUUUCGUGUGUCGCGAUAGGCAUUUUCCCAAAGGCGGCUUUACAGACAGUCGCUAAUAUGCCGAUUUCAGAAGGCGCGCCAGCUCAUGGUAACCCUGCGCACCUCCUGCCACCAUCGUGGAAACGGAGUGUCACGGCCUGGCUUGAUGAGGACACCCCAAGUUUCGACUACGGCGGCUUCGUCGUAGGUGAUAGUCCUGCAGAAGCUCGCUUGCUAGCCAAAAGUGCAGGUAUACUUGCUGGUGUACCCUUCUUUGACGAAGUCUUUCGACAGCUUGACUGCACAGUAGAGUGGCAUAUCAAAGAAGGCGAAGAGGUAGGAACUAAGGAGAAGAAGCAGCAUAUCGCCACUGUUAGGGGACCAACAAGAUGCGUACUGCUAGGCGAACGCGUCGCCCUGAACACACUAGCGAGGUGUUCAGGUAUAGCAACCAAGUCACAUUCACUGCUGCAGUUGCUACGCAGAGCAGGCUUCAAGAACACAUUGGCCGGCACACGUAAGACCACACCUGGUUUCAGGCUCGUGGAGAAGUAUGGUAUGCUCGUGGGCGGUUGCGAUCCACACAGACAGGAUCUGAGCGCCAUGACAAUGCUGAAGGACAACCAUAUUUGGGCCUGCGGCGGCAGCAUACCCACUGCCGUCGCCGCUGCAAAAGCUGCAGCUGGCUUCGCGGUAAAGGUGGAAGUUGAGUGUCAGUCGGAGGAGGAAGCCGAUGCUGCGAUCAAAGCUGGAGCAGAUGUGGUCAUGCUCGAUAACUUCUCGCCCGAGGGGGUGCGGACGGCUUCCAAGAAUCUAAAGGAUCGGUGGGGUAGAGGCAGCUAUCUCAUCGAAGUCUCGGGCGGUCUUACGGAAGGAAACGUUGCAGAUUAUGUGUGCGAUGACAUUGAUAUCCUCAGUUCGUCGAGCAUACACCAGGGCACCAAGCACGUCGACUUUUCGCUUAAAGUUGUGCCGAAAACGGUGCAAACACAAGGGAAGAUGGGAAACGGCGAGACAGUUGAUACGUAGCUGACCUUGUAUCUAAAGAUGGAUGAGUCCCAGGCGAGCGCCACAGGAAGCCACCUGGCCUUCUUCUUGCGUUUAUCCGUAAGUGUCGGAUAAUCUACAUGACAUACUGGCGGUCGUCGAUCGUUGCAACAUCCAGGGUGAAUCUGCAGGCAAGACGCCUCGGCAGCAUUGUCAGCCCUGGCGGAGAACUUAUCAUCGACA